AUGGGCAAAGAAGACAAGAAACGCAAGAGCAAAUCCCAAGACAAGGAUAGAAAAGAAAAGAAAAAGCAAAAGACCAGCAAGCAUAGCCAUAAACAUAGCAGCAACAUUGACAACACCAGCGUAACCAAAUCAGCAAGCCCCGUUGUUGUCGCCAAAACCACCACCAUCAACACCUACAGCUCGUUCUCGGAAAUCGUCACCCAACUAUACCUCCAUUUGGCUCCCAUAUGGGCUGAAAAUGCCACGGAAGGCGUUAUUGAGCAGCUUAAUGCAUUCCUCAUGAAAUUUGUUCCACAAUUAGACGGCAUCGUUCUUGCACAUUCGAAUCUUGAGUUUUUGACAGACAAGGGAAAGAUUCUGUAUGACUCACCGUUCUGUCACUUUUUCGUCCGCGUCAAAUUCUUGGUUUGGAAACCGCGAAAGGGCACAAAACUUGUGGGCCGCAUUAACUUACAGUCGCAAGAUCAUAUUGGUCUGCUGAUUUACGGCACAUUCAAUGCGUCGAUCCCAAGCAAAAGCAUACCAACUGAUGUAUAUGAAUGGCGCGCGUCCGAAAUUGAAGCUGAAGACCACGCUGCACAAGAUGAUAACGAUGACGAAGAUGAAAGCAAGGAAGAUGAUGAUGAUGACGAAGUAGGACCUACAGCAACUAGUACGGAAGAAAGGAAACCAAGUCAGUAUGGCGAAUGGGUUAAUAAGACUACCGGUGUACCCGUUGGUGGUGAUGAUGGCACCGUUGAAUUUAACGUAGUCGAUAUCAUCGAAGCAAACGACAUCCUUACCGUUACCGGAUCAUUAUAG